AUGCCUUUUCUCCGUCGGCGUGGCAAUGGAUCCGGUGAUCAAGAAUUGCGCCGCCAGAACACCGUCAGCCGUAUCUUCGACCGCUCUGAGCCUGGCCUUCCUCCCGCCAACCAUCUCGCCGCUCCUGCUAUCCAAGAGAAUGAACAGAUAGUCCAGACCCGGGCGGCGUCUAUGAGCCAACGACCCGACACUCCUCCAAUCCAAGAACAAACGAGCAAGCACAAGAGGUUCUCAGUAUUGAGGUUUCGCAAUGCAUCUGACUCGCAGCUUUCUCUGCGGGCCAAGCAGCAGGCCGAAAACCCACCUCCACCUGUCCCUCGUCGUCCCCCGGAGAUCAUUACCACAGCCCCAACUGGCGAGUUUGUCGGCCCGAGGAAGAAAUCGUCACGUUUGAGUCUUGCUGCGAAGCUUCGGAUUUCUCACGAUUCUCCACGGCAUUCAACCCUCAAUGGCCCCCCAGCGUCGCGAAGCUUCGUCGAUACUAUCGGUGCUGAGCGUCGGCGCCUAUCUCUCGCUCCCUUGGAGGAGCCAGGCUCUCCUCGAUCGUCAUUGCAGCAUAACCACACUUUCAAUGGCACAAUGGGGGCUCCGGGACCAUGGGCACAUCGGCAGUCCGAGUCUUCCAGGUCUGAUCUCAGCUCUGGUGACCGUGUCUCACAAUCCAGUCCUGCUACUACGCCAAAGAAAUCGCCAACAUCCAGCACGCUUUUCAAGUCAUUCAGGAGGUCAAAGAAGCAGCCUGAGCCAAUGUUUCCUAUUUCGCAUCUUCCGCAAAAGGACAAGACGCCACAGCCUGGGUCUUCGUCCGUGAGCCUCACUAACACGCCAAGGCCUGCCUCAGUACAGAGUGGCCGUAUUUCUCGCGGUCAAAAUGAACGUCCAGUCCAUUUCUCUCCGACAACCCCGGCCCCGGCUACAGCACUCUUCGCUCCCGGCGGAGCCUCUCGGUCGGGGCAGUCUUCCCCUACACGACCCAAUUACUUGAGAGAAAGAUCGUCUACAAUGAGUUCCGCGGGACGGGACUCGACUGAAGACCACCAUCUCACCCCUGCAACACGAACAUCGUCCUCUACUGGCAGGAAAAGCUUCGGCGAUCUUCUUGGCCUCGGCCGGCUCAGACAAAAUUCCGAGCUUGGCCGCCAAGGAACGCUCACACCGGCCACCCCGGGCUCGUCUGCGUCGAAAAGCAAUUCGCUGCAGCUUGCUAGAGAUACCAUUCCUCUUCCGGAGCGAUAUAAUGAAGAAUCCCCCGCGAAGUACUUGGCACGCGUAGAAAUGGUUAUGAACAGAGGUUCUAUCGCCGCCGCACUCUCCAAAGCUUCCGAUUCAUUCUCUGCGGCUGUCCUACGAAGCUACAUGAGAAGCUUCAGCUUCUUCGGUGAUCCUAUGGACAUGGCUCUCCGGAAGCUUCUUAUGGAGGCCGAGCUACCAAGAGAGACACAGCAAAUAGAUCGGUGCCUGCAGGCUUUCGCGAAUCGCUACCACGAGUGCAACCCUGGAAUCUAUUCAUCGCCAGACCAGGCUUAUUUCAUCGCCUUCUCCCUUCUUAUCCUUCACACCGACGUCUUUAACAAGAAUAACAAGUACAAGAUGCAGAAGGCGGACUAUCUGAAGAACACGAACGGCGAAGGCAUCUUUGACGAAAUCUUAGAGUGCUUUUACGACAACAUUUCUUAUACCCCAUUCAUUCACGUUGAAGACGAGCUUGACCUACCUCUCGAACGGGCUUCGAAAUCGAGGACGAAACAAUUGCUAGUAGCCAAUGACCCCGCGAAGCGUGCUGCAAAGGAGCCCAUUGAUCCUUACACUCUCAUCAUUGACGGAAACCUCGAUGCAUUACGACCUAACCUAAAAGAUGUGAUGCUUCUUGAAGAGCAUUAUAAUUAUCUAGGCUCCGCGACGAGCCUCAACAUGAAGGAUUUACAAAAAACCUUUUUCCGUACAGGCGUACUUCAGAUUGUCUCGGCUCGAUCACGCCCGGAUGCCUUCAUGUCCGAGAAGACUGCGACUAAUCCCAACGACGCUCAUCCCGGUAUUGUCGAUAUCAAGGUGACCAAAGUGGGCUUGCUCUGGAGGAAAGAUCCAAAAAAGCGCAAAACCCGUUCGCCCUGGCAAGAAUGGGGCGCUAUUCUCACUGGAGCUCAGCUAUAUUUCUUCCGCAACACCAGCUGGGUCAAAAACCUGAUGCACCAGUACGACAGUCACAUCAGGGCAGGGCAUGAUGGCAUCCCGGUCAUCUUCAAACCACCGCUAGAAGAAUUCAAGCCAGAUGCUCUCAUGUCUACUCAUGACGCGGUAGCGCUCCAUGAUUCCUCAUACAGAAAACACAAAAAUGCGUUCGUUUAUGUUAGAUCGGGCGGCCUGGAUGAGGUUCUUCUAGCUGAUACUGAAGACGAGAUGAAUGACUGGCUCGCAAAACUUAACUAUGCCGCAGCAUUUCGGACCACAGGCGUUCGCAUGAAGGGAGUGGUUGGGGGCCACUACGACGGCCAAGGGCGUCGAGGAAUUAGGAGACUCGACAGCACCGAAGGCACUCAACUAGUUGACACCCCCAGUGGUCAGGUGGCUAUCGCAAGAGGCCAAAUUGACCACAAGAUGGCCGAGGACAUUCAGUCGGCAAGACGCGAGUUCAUGCUGCAAAAGAUCGCCCAGAACGAUGAAAGCCUUGCUGAAUGUCAGAAGAAACUCGACGAUCAGUUGCGCAAUGCCCGUCACCUUCAGAUCCUGGCACCCAUUCAACCCAGGACAAGAGAACAAUUGCUAGAGGCUGCAGGUCGGAUCUCAGCGCAACUCAAGUGGACACGAACGGAGAUGUGGAGAGAAAAGUGCCAUCGAGACAUCCUUAAACUAGAUCUCGAGGAAGAUUCCGUUACAUCUCCUCCCGCCACGACUCCCAUCAAAUCUCAUAAACGCGAACCCUCGAACGACAGGCCAUCGACACCGACGCCAACGGGGAAAAGCGAGCCCCUAGCCAAUCAUCAAAACGGAUCUAACCAAGAGGUGAGCUCAACGGGAAGUGCCAAACUGGAUAGUCUGAAGAGCAAGGAAGAGCCCCUUCCCUCGCCUAUAAGCCAGGAAUUCCAGACACCGCCUCAGAGCGCAUCCUUGAAACCUGGGUCCCGCGACUCAUUCCUCCCAUUGUCGGAUCGAGCAAGCACCAGACAUGGGUCAGUUUCCAGUAUCGCCCCCUCCCCCGUGAAACGAGUUGCAAAUGGUGGCGACUCCGAAUCUCGUGAGACCGAGGACACAAAUCAUAAAAGGAAAACCAGCCACGGUCGAGACGACGUUGAUGCAGAGGAGCGAGAUCUCCUCGAACAGGCCGGCCUCCUUGACGCCAAAUCCGGCAAUACAAAUUCAGAGACCCUCGGUUUGGAGGGUAUCGAGAAUGGCGAAAAAUCCAAGGCUCGGAGAAGCUUACACAAAACCCUCAGAGACAGCGCUGGGCACCUUGGGCAUCAUAGAAGCAGGAGAGGAAAGGAAGGCAACCCCACCACUCCACCGGACGCCGCAUCUUCAGAGAGCACACUACCAAGAGGGGCUGGGAGUUUUACGGUCCAUGGCAAGAAGGCCUCUGUUAUCAAUUUCGGGACUGGGCUGGCAGGAAUAGCCGCAGAUGAAACGCUGCGCACUCGCAAGCCAUCUGUGUCCCAGGACCCGCCCGUUUCCCCUGCUUUUAGCAGUGGAGGGGAGGACGAUGACUUUUAUUCUAUCGCCGAUGAACUUGAGGAUCAGCAAGAUUCGCACGAUAGGAGAGAGUCGGCCGCCAGUGAGAGCACUGCUACGGCACGGAGCUUCCGUGAACUCCAUCGGAAAUACUCCACCGCCCGGGCAGCUAGAAGCGUCUCGAGCGGCGGACGGCUGGCAGUUCCUUCAGAUGGCGAGAGCGAGGUUGCGGUUAGCUUUUCUGAAGGCCGGAGGUCUCCACUGCCUCCCAUUGACCCUGACGAGACUGAGGACGAAGAUUCUUCAGUCAUCCAGGAGGAGCAACGAUCUGAAGACGCUGUACCGACCGGAAAAGAGUAA